CGAACGUUCGCUGCUGGGAAGGCCGCGGUCGCAUCAGCUGAUUGUGUUGAGUUAGAGGCUUGGAGUGCGAUAUUUUCACCAUGUCCGUGUAGUCGAGCAUCAAUGAUGUUAUCGGCUUUGAGGAAGCUCGCGGUGUCGCUGCCUGCGAGCUUCGAGCCGGCUGGUAGGCGUUUCUUCAAUACGUCGUGUAUUGUGUUCUGCUCUGAGAAACUACCGGAAGACGAGGAAGUUUUAAUCACAAGGCAUCAAGCCAAGGAUCUCAUCUAUCGACUCCAUCAGAAAGAGCGAAGGAUCCUCCUGGAGGAACUGCAGCGAUACAACACGCAGAACGCGCAAGGUCAAGAGAAGCACGAACCUCCCACUGCCGCUCAACUCAGGGCAAUCAUCUUUCACAACGGCCUCCCAUUCAUUGGAUUCGGUUUCCUCGACAACUUCAUCAUGAUCUGCGCGGGCGAUUACAUCGACAUGACACUGGGCCUCACCUUCGGCAUCUCGACAAUGGCAGCGGCCGGCUUAGGGAAUGCCAUCUCGGAUGUUGCAGGAAUAGGCUCAGCGUGGUACGUUGAACGGGUUGCAUGCCGGGUCGGCGUUGAGGUCCCCAAUUUGACUCCUGAGCAACUGGACAUGACUUCGACCAGAAUCGCCAGCACAUUCGGACGGGCCUUCGGAGUUUUCUUCGGAUGCAUCAUCGGGAUGUGUCCGCUGCUGUUCCUCGACACAAAGGACGGCCUCCGCCCCAGCUAUCUCCAGGAGCGACGCCUUCCGCUCUUAUCCGUCUCCGGGACCAAAUUGAGGAGGAAAUUCCAUAAACGACAUGUAAAAUACCCCAACGAUUUAUUAGUAGUUUUCUCAUAA